CUCACAAAUUUUUUUUACCAAAUCGAGGGAGGUAAAAAAUCAUAAGUUCGUUAGGAAGAGAUCAAGAGAGGAAAAAGAUGCUGAAGAACGCAAGUAGGCGUUAUGCCUUGGUGAAAUCUAGCAUGAAAAAGUUCAAAUCGCAGUUGAGGUUGUUGGAAGGAAUUCAUGAAGAAAGCAGUGAGAAUAAUCAUGAAGAAGGAGAAAGAGGCUCAUUAUAUAUACCUACUAGUGAACGUAGAUAUUAUGGCAAAAGGCUUCUUUAUGAUGAGCAAAAUGGAUGGAUUGAGGAAUUUAAGGAAGAUAUAUUUUAUGAUUGCGAGCCGGAUAAUAUUGUAGAAAAUUCUUCAAGCAGGAGUUCCGAUGGAAUAAAUGGGAUCAUCAAUGAGAAACAAAGUUUUGAAAGCACCAGUUCUUACGAAGCAGAUGAAGAGAGAACCACAAGACGUCUUGAGGAGAAUGAAUUGGGGUUACUCAACCAUAAUAAUUUUAUAAUGAAAAUAGGGCUUGAGAGGAAGAGGACUGAUUUCUUAAUCAGAAUUUAUCUACUCGGAGUCAUUAUUCUGGUUAUUGGACUAUAUGUUGGUCAGAAACUAAAUAUGUUGCCAAUCAGAGGAAGACCAUAAGGUGCCCGUUUUAACAAUAAAUAAUUGUGGAGAUGCCCAAAAUUUUGUUUAUUGAGGAUUCUAAAACUGUUGCCACGCUUUACAGGUUACCUUUAGUAUCUUUAGCAAUGAAAAUGCGUACAGAUUGGACAGCUUUGUGCUAUAUAUAAUUACUAGGUCUUCCUUGUAUUUGUUCAAUACUUUUCUCUAGCAAAGUUCUUUCUAUAAUUAUAAAAUUGUUCUCUUUUAGAUUUUGAUAACCCACCACCAUGGGCGACCUAGAUGAUUGGAAGGUUACAUGGAUCUUGAUUUGAGACUUACGGAUGGAAUGGGUUGUAAUAAUAUUGAUUGUCCUUUUCUUGGGUUCA